CUGUUAUGCAGCCUGCUGAUUAAGUGGCUGUCUUGCCCAGCCUGCUAUCAUUAGUCCUUCUUUGCCCAAACCACUGAAUAUAUACUAUGAAGUUUGAAAUGAUUGCCAGUUCUGAAGAAGUGAUGCAGAAAUUUCAUGAGGAGUUGAUCCAUGCAAAUUUCAUAGACUGGUCAGCUACCUUCAGAUGAUCCCAAACUCACUAAAACUCAGAUUGCUCCAGUCCCAUUUUCUGAACAUUUCUGAGGAUAUUAAUUGAGCAAAUGGUACGUGAACAAUAUACCACAACAACACCAGGCACUAGCCUAGAGAGGCCAAAGAACCAAUAUGUCUACAAAAUAGGCAUUUAUGGAUGGAGAAAGCGUUGCCUUUACCUGUUUGUCCUCCUCCUGCUUAUCAUCCUUGUUGUGAAUUUUUCGUUGACAAUUUGGAUUCUUAAAGUGAUGUGGUUUUCUCCAACUGGAAUGGGACAUCUUCGUGUUACUAAAGAAGGACUCCGCCUGGAAGGAGAGUCAGAAUUCUUAUUCCCUUUGUAUGCCAAAGAAAUUCACUCUAGAGAGGACUCAUCCCUGCUUCUCCAGUCUACUCAUAAUGUGACUGUGAACGCUCGCAAUUCUAAUGGAGAAGUCACAGGCAGAUUAAAUGUGGGUCCUAGGAUGGUAGAAUUCCAUGGUCAACAAUUUCAGAUCAACUCCAAGGAUGACAAGCCACUUUUUACAGUGGAUGAAGAUGAAGUUGUAAUCGGUACAGAUAAACUUCGAGUCACAGGGCCAGAAGGAGCUCUUUUUGAACAUUCUGUCGAGACACCACUUGUCAGAGCUGAGGCUUUUAAACAGCUUAGACUGGAAUCACCAACUCGAUCUUUGAGCAUGGAUGCACCAAAAGGGAUUAACAUUAAAGCCCAAGCUGGGAAUAUUGAAGCACUUUCUCAGAUGGAUAUCAAAUUACAGAGUAGUGAUGGAGUGCUUUUGCUUGAUGCUGAAACAGUACGACUGCCCAAAUUGCCUCAAGGGACAACAGGUGGACCUGGUAGGUCUCAAGGACUCUAUGAGAUCUGCGUUUGUCCAGAUGGAAAGCUUUAUAUGUCAGUGGCUGGCAUGAGUUCCACUUGCCAUGAAUAUAGUCACGUCUGUCAAUAAAACACCUAAAUGUACCA